GAAUAAGAAUGAUAUUCACAUUAAUUCUACUUACAUUAAUUCUACAUAUACAUUGUAAUACUGAUAUUCAUACAACUAUUUCUAUUAAAAAUCAAUUAGAAAAUGAUCUAGAUCAAUUGAAUAUAACCAAUGAUUCUAAUAAUAAUAAUAAUAAUAAUACAGAAACUGAUUCAUCUAUAUUAUAUCCUAAUGUAACUUAUGUUAUUUUACCAACAGUAUUUUAUUUAGGUCAAACUAAUUUAAUUACUGUACGUAGUCGUCAACCAAAUACACAAUUAUAUAUAUCUAUGAAUGUAACUGAAUUAUUACCUACUAUAAUUAAUAAUUCGAAUCAAAUUUAUUUAUUAAAACAAUUAAAUACAACAGAAAAUUUCUAUGGUUUAGAUAUACCAUAUAAAAUUCCAUUUAUUUUUACACAUGAUCAUUCUAUAUGGGUUAAAUUAAUAUUUCAUUUUAUUCAUUGUUUAAAUAAAAUCAAUUUUAUCAAUAAUCAAUCAUGUAUUGAUUUUAAUACUACUGAAAUCAUACAUUCUAUUCAAUUAAAACAAUUACCAUUGAUAACACUUGGUGAAACAGAUAAACCAAUUUAUAAACCUGGUGAAUAUGUACAUUUUCGUUUUUUAACAUUAAAUAUUAAUAAUUUAUUACCUAUAUCAACAAAUAUCAUAUUACCAAAUAAGAAAUUAAUUAUUGAUAAAGGUUCUAAAGGUCAACUUAUUGAAAUGAAUUCAUUAGAAUUAAUAAAAUGGAAUUCUAUUAUAUAUGAUAGUAUUACUAUAAUAGAUCCUAUGGAAAAUCAUAUUAAACAAUGGUUAAAUAUAACACCUAAACAAGCAUAUAAUUUAACUUUUCCUUUAUUACAUAAUAGUAAAGAAGGUAAAUGGAGAAUACAUGCUAUAAUUAAAUAUCAUAAUAUAGAAAUUAUUGAAUUUACAGUAAAAAAAUAUACAUUACCAAAAUUUACAAUUACAUUAGAAACACCUAAAAAUUUUACUAUAGAAUCAAAAUAUAUUCAAUAUUCAAUAUGUGCAAAAUAUACAAAUGGGCCACCAUUAAAAGGUUAUAUACAAUCAAUAUUAUGUGCUUGUAAUGAAUAUAUAUGGGAUAAACAAUUUUCUCAAUUAGAUAAUGAACAAAUUAUACAAUCUUUAUUAAAUACACCUAAAUGUCCAUCUGAUCAUUAUGAAAUAAAUACAAGAUCAUGUAUUAUAAUAAAUCAACCUUUAGAAACAAAUGGUUGUAAAUUAUUUAAUAUAUCAACAAAUUUAUUUGCUUUAACAACUAAUCAAUAUUCAAAAUGGCAACAAAUAAGUAUAUUAUGUGCACAAAUAAUAGAAGAGGAUACAAAUUCAAAAUUAUAUAAUUGUAUAAAAGGUGAUCUUAUUGAACAAAAUAAUCAACCAAAUAUACAAUUAGAAUUACCACAAGUAUAUAAAUCAAAAUUACCAAUUUUAGGUAAAGUAAAAUUAAAAAAUUUUGAUAAAACUAUUAAUUAUAAUAUAAAAUUAUCUGUAACUGAUCAAAAAUGGGGAUGUUAUUGGCAAAAUACAGAUCAAAGUAUAGAACAUUAUUUAAAUAUUUUAACAAUGAAUUCAUCUGGUGAAAGUAUAUUUUAUAUACCACCAAUUAAAUCAAAACAUUCAAUAUCUGUUGAAGCUGAAUUAUUACAAUCAUCUAUUAGUUCAACGAAUUCAUCAUCAUCAUCAUCAUCAUUGACAAAUGAAACUAAUUCAAAUCUAACAAUCAAUAAAAAUAAUACAAAAAAAUUAAUUCAUCAAAAUCCAUCUGAUUUUUAUUAUUGGUCAUAUAAACAACCAUGGAUACAAGAGAAUAAAAUUAUUGAAAGUGUUAUAUUAAGAUCAUGGGAUUCAAUUAAUGAAAUUUAUUUACAAUUAUGGCCACCACGUGAUAAAAUUAGUACAACAUGUCCAAAUGUAAUUAAAUUAACUUUAUUAUCAAAUAUACGUUUAUCCGAUAAAACAAUUUUUAUAGAAUCCGUGAUAAGGGGUAAACAUCAAAAAAUUGUAAUACCAUCAUCUAAUAAAAUAUCUGAUGAUUUAGAUCAUAAUGAUGAUGAUGAUUGUAUAAAUCGUGAUGAUGAAUUAGGUCAUUAUAAUUGUUUAAAUAAGAAUUCAACAGAAAUUGAAUGUUUACCUGGUUGGUAUGGUGAAAAUUGUUUAAUUCCUAUUUGUUCAUUAGAAUGUAAUAAAAAUGGUGGAUUUUGUUCAAAACCUAAUCAAUGUCAAUGUAAAUCAGGUUGGACAGGAAUAACAUGUAAUCAAUGUAUUCCACGUGAAAAUUGUUUACAUGGUAAAUGUUUACUUGGUAAUGAUUGUGUAUGUAAUUCUGGUUGGACUGGUUAUUUAUGUGAUAGUAAAAAUGUAAUUUAUGAAAAAUUUAAAGAUGAUUCUGUAAUAAAUAAUACAGAAACUAUUACUGAAGAAAUAAUUAAUCAACAAUCAGAUAAUGAUUCUAUAACAAAUUCAUCAUUUGAAAAAAUAAAUAUGAAACCAAUUCGUACAUUAUAUCAACGUAAUAUAGAAUUUCAUAUUGAUGGUUCAUGGGGACCAAAAUUUACCGCUAUCAUUUAUUUUCAUCAUUAUCAAUUUGAUCAAAUGAUACCUGAAAUUAUAUCAACACAACUUAUAAUAGAACAAAUUGAUUAUUGUUCAAGUAAUGCUAUUGCAUUACAAUCAAUAACUAAUCAAACUAAUUUUAAAUUAAGUCAAAUGAUAGCAAAUCCUGGUGAAAAAAUUAAAAUGAUUAUCAAUCCACAAGGUAUAUCUCAAUCAAUGAAUUAUUCGAAUAUAAAAUCAAUAAAAUUCAAUAAUGAUAAUGAUCAUGGUCAAUUAUUGAAUGAAUUAUGCUUUAUUAGAAUCUCUGAUAUAUCAUUAGAUAAUUAUCAAGGUGAUAAAAAUUUAAUAAAUUUACAAUAUUUUGUUAAUCAAUUAAUUGAAUUUACUAGAGAAAAUGAAUAUAGACCAUUAGUUGCUAGUUCAACACAAGAAGCAUUUUUAGCUGCUGGUUUUCAAUUUGGUUCAACUUAUCCAGAACCAACAUUUAUUCAACGUGUUUAUCCAUGUCCUUAUUUAGCAUAUUCAAAUACAUUAGAUAUUGUUAUGGAUGAUAGUGUUGGUGAUAGUGGUUAUAAAUCAAAUACAGGAUAUCCUCAAACAGUUUCAUUACGUAAAGAUUUACAUAAUAUAAUGAAACCAAGAUUAAGAGAUUUCUUCCCUGAAGUAUGGUUAUUUGAUGUUAUACCUAUUACUAAUUUACCGAUUAACAAUGCUGCUGCUGCUGCUGAUGGUGAUGAUGAUGAUGAUGACGACGAUAAUGAAAAUGAUACCGAAUUCAAACAAAUUAAUACAUUAAAAGGUAUUGAACUUAAUCUUACUGUACCAGAUACUAUAACAAGUUGGAGAGCAUCAGCUUAUUGUACAACUAAAGAGAAUGGUUUAUGGAUUAGUGAACCACAAAUUUUAACUGUAACUAUGCCAUUUUAUACUGAAAUAACUUUACCAAAAGAAAUGAAACGUGGUGAAAUUUUACAUAUACCUAUUAGUAUCUUUAUUUUAGAUAGAAAAUAUUUAAAUCCUACUAAUGAUCAUUUUAAUCAAAUAGAAUGUUAUGAAACUAUAGUUAAAAUACAAUUAAAUAAUACUGAAUGGUUAAUAACUACAUCAAAUGAAUUUAUUGGUUGUAUAUGUACUGGUGAAAAGUUAACUUAUUUAGUUGGUUUAUUACCACAACAAUUAGGUCAUUUAAAUGUAACUGUUGAAGCAUUUGCUAUUAAACAUGAUGAAUCUUGUAAAUCAAUUCAAACAAAUAAUAAUAAUAAUAAUAAUGAAAGUUUGACAUUUGAACCAUAUCAAACACAAAUAAAAAUUAAUUCAUCUAAAAUCUUAUCUGAUAAAAUAACUCGUCAAAUUCAUGUAAUCCCUGAAGGUAUUCAACAAGAAACAACAUUUAGUGAUAUUAUUUGUUUAAAUGAACAACAAACUAUAUCAAUGCGUCAAUUUGAAUUUAUUAUACCUAAUGAUAUGAUUAAAGAUUCACUUUAUAGUUAUAUAUCAUAUAGUGAUGAAGUAUUAGGACCAGCAUUAGUUAAUUUAGAUAAUCUUAUACGUUUACCAACUGGUUGUGGUGAACAAAAUAUGAUAUUAGUAGCACCAAAUGUUUAUAUAUUAGAUUAUUUAAAAUCUAUAUCAAAUAUUAAUAUCAAUAAUAAUAAAGAAAAAUAUAUACAAUCAGCUCAAUCUAAUAUUAUAUCUGGUUAUUAUCAACAAAUGAAAUAUCGUCGAAAUGAUGGAUCAUUUUCUGCAUUUGGUAAAUCUGAUAAACAUGGUAAUACAUGGUUAACAUCAUUUAUAAUACGUGUAUUUGCUAAAGCUUAUAUAAUAUUACAAUCUAAUAUAACAAUUGAUUGGAAUUAUUUAUUUAAUGAUGCUAUUAAUUAUUUAUUAAUUCAUCAAAAUAAUCAUACUGGUUGUUUUGAAGAAUAUGGUAAACUAUUAUAUUCACCAUUAAAAGGAAUUAAUGAUCUCAAUGAAAUACAAUGGAAUAAUAUUUUAUUAACAAGUUAUGUUAGUUUAGCAUUAUAUAAAAUACAAUUUAUAUUUAAUGAAAAUAAUUAUAAAAAUAAAAUAAAUAAUUUACAUAUAAAAAAUUAUACUACUGAAAUCAAUCAAUCCAUUAAUGCUGCAUUUAAUUGUUUAAAUAUGAAAUUAAUUCAUAUAAAUUCAUUAAAAGAAUUACCUACACCAGUACUGAUUCAAUUAAGUUAUAUUUAUACAAUUAUGAAACCAUAUUAUAAUAUAACAAUAAAAUUACAAAAUGAAACAAUCAAUAGAAAACAAAUUCUACAUGAUCAAUUUGGUACAAAAAUAUUUUGGUCAAUAAAUGAUUAUCAGAAUAAUACUAUAAUCAAUAAAAAUAAUUAUAAUGAACCAAGAGAUUUAGAAAUAACAGCUUAUGCAUUUUUAAUGUUAAAUUAUAUUAAUCAAUCAAUACAUGAUUUAUUUCCAAUUAUACGAUGGAUUAGUUCAAAACAAAAAUUAAAUGGUGGUUUUUAUUCAACACAAGAUACAAUACUUAGUAUUGAAGCAAUUACUAAAUUUGCUAAAAGAUUAGAUUUAUCAAAAAUAUCCUAUUUCAAUUUAUCAUCAAAUAGAAUUAAUAUAACAAAUAAAAUAAAUAUUAAAAAUUAUACAUUAAAUGAUAUAAUUACACCGGAUAAAAGACAAGUAAUUAAUCAAAUUGAAUUACCUAAAUAUCAUUUAAAUAAUAAUCAAAAUACAAUACAUUCUAUAUGGGAAUUAAAAAGUAAUCAAUCACAAACAGAUUGUAUAUUAAUACAAAAUACAUUUAUGUAUAAUAUACCUGAAAAAAAAGAUAUUAAUAAAAAUAUUAAAUUAUCUUUUAAUAUAAUACAACAAAAUAAACUAUCAGAUAUUCAAUGUAAAUUAGCUACAUUAUCAAUGUGUUUACAAUUGAAUAAUAUAAAAAAUAUAAAUACUAUCAGUACUGGAAUGUUAAUGAUACAUGUUACUAUGGUAACUGGUUGGGAACCAAUAUUAGAAGAAUUAAAUUUACAAUUAGGUUCUAAUGAUGAAUCAUUAAGAAAAUUUACUAUUAAUGAUCAAAAUGAAAUUUCAUUAUAUUUUGAUGAAUUCUCUAAUAAUGAACUUAAAAAAUUAGGCGGUGAUUGGACAAAAUUAAAACGUUGUAUUAAUUUAUCAUUAAAACAAAUAUAUUAUGUACAAAAUGCUAAAUUAGCAACAAUAACCGCAUAUGAAUAUUAUACUCCAGAUGAAAGUGUUACAAUCACUUAUCAAUUAGAUGAAUGUAAACAAGGAUGGAAUAUAUCUAUAAUUGAAUCAUCAACAGAUAAUUUUACUGAAUCUACAAUAACUACUGAUAGUUCUAUAGACAAUAUAAUAACUCCACAAAUGAAACCAAUUUGUCCAAUAUGUAUAGAUCAAGUAAAUAAUACAGAACUACUUACUGAUGAAAUAUUUACAUCAGUAUGUAAUUAUACAAAUGGUAUAUUUCUUCUAAAAGUUUUAGAUUAUAAUAAUAGUACUAUAAAUGUUACAAUCAUUCAAAUAUCACAAUCUGGAUAUACAGCUAGUUGGAAUACAACUAUAUUAUUACCUAAUCUUAUAGAAUGUUCAUGUCAAUUAAUUCAAACACAUCAAUAUUUAAUAUUAUUCUUUGAUCAAUAUACUACUAUUUAUCAAGGUGUUGCACAAAUUGAUUUAAAUACAUUAAUUGUAACCGCUAAAUUUAUAUCUAGUCAAGAAUUAUUACCUAAUUUAAAAUUAGCAUAUAAAAAAUGGUUAACUAUUUCAUCUAAUUUAACAAUUGAUGAAGAUUCUAAUUAUUAUGAUUUUUUUACUGAUAAUUGUAAACGGUUACCAUGGCUAAUUAAAUAUAUUGAAGAGAGAUUUAUGAAUUAA